UUGAAAUUCACUGAACAGAGACUUUUGUCAAGGCUUCUGGUUAAAGUAAGGUAUAUAUUUAUUUUGUGAAAACCAUAACUCUUUUCCUUUUUAAUCACUGAGCAGAGAGUUGCUAUAAGCGAAUCAAAUGGAGUUAAAAGUCGUAAUGAAAUGAAACGUGUUCCUCUAACGACAAUUUUUAGUCCAGGUACAACCAAUUUCAAUUACUGUCAAUAGAAAUAGCUCGUCAAUAAUCUCUUUUUGUCCUUCGAUCCUUUAUUUCUACAGAUGAUUAAUACGUACGUAACGUGACAGCUUUUCCAUUUAGAUUUACUUAGUUUUUGUUAAAAGUGCUCAGUUGGCUUAAGUGUCCUGGGAAAUGACAUUUGGAAAAUUUUGAGUCGCUGUAAAGAGUGUGCUUUAUAAUAAAGAAAUUGUAUUCGAAUUAUAGCCUUAAAUGCAAGCCCAGUCCUGGACUGAAAGAGCUCUAAUUUUCACUUGAAUCUGGAGUCUCGAAAUGGCCAUUUUCUACCCUAGAAAUCGCAAGGUAAAUCUUCUAUGUAUGAUGUUUUAAUUUGUAAAAUGUCUCGUUAGUUCGUCUGGCUGGAGUCAGCAAAAACAUCUUUGGGAAAGAGAGAAGGAGAACAUUAACGAUUUCACGAAUAGCAAGGGAUACUUUGAGUUUUUUUGUUUGUUUUCUUUUUUCCCUACUAAACAUAACCUUAACCCUAUUCAGACUGGGGGGGGGGGGCUUUUCGAACCCCCCCUUCGGCAAAAUCGUGAUAACUCCUACACCGAAAGAGCUAUGACCUUCAAAUUUUCUGACUUUUCCUAAAAUUUAUCUAGGAACAUUUUGGUAUAAUUACCAUGUCCAUGUGAUCAAUCAUGUUGCCAUGGCAACCAAUUACUGACAGAUAGGUUUUGGAAAAUUUAAAAAAUGGUGAUUUUUUUGGUUUAAGAUCGCGUUUUUACACUUAUAGUGCUUUUUGUUGUUAAAAUGGUCUUUGCUUGGGACUAGUUUUUGAAUUACAUCAAAAUGUUUCAACAUCGAAUAUUUGGGGGGGAGGGGUGGGGUAAAAUUUGUCACUUUUUUGCUUUGACAAAUAUGCUGCUCUAUUUUCCAAAUAACACUUCCAAAGUCAUUUGUUUGGGUAAUAAACAUUAGUUUGAUACUUCUUUUAUACAUUCUGAGCUUUUUCUUCUUUGAAAGUUGCUUUAAAUUAUAAUUUUAACAAAAAAAAGGAAAUCCAAGAUGGCGGAUCCAAGAUGGUGGAUCCAAGAUGGCGGACAACCAUUGCAAAUUUUAAAUUUUAUUGCUUCCUAUUGCUUUUUCUCGCUGUACAAGUGUUUCCUUGUUACUAGUUCAUAAGAAAGGAUAACAAAGAGAUGACUUUACCAAUAUUAUUGAUAUUUUACGUAUCUAAGUCGAAAAAUAAUAAGAAACAUUGAAAAAUCGGAAUAUGACGUCACUGUGACGUCAUCAUUGGGCGUGACAAGUCAAAACUGGGUGUGGGGCUUCUUUGUACGGAGAUGAUCAUUGUGUGUAAAUUUCAUGACCCUAGCAUUAUUGGUUCCAGAGAAACAGAGGGGGGGGCCGAGGGGCCCCCCCCCCCCCAGUCACAGAUUGACCAAAAAAGCCCAGUCUGAAUAGGGUUAAAUCAAUUACAAUCAAAAGAAUGUAGUAAAUGCAAUGAACUAAAAGGUUCCACAAACCUGGUAUUCAUAUUUAUACUGUAAUCACUUCGAAUUUCAUCUCCUCUAGCAUAUCAUAAAACAAGAACUUCAGUUAAGUAAAAUUUCGAUAGAUUUACGAAGGUUUUUGGUGAGAUUAAACUGAUUGGAAAUCGUAACGUGAGGUCUUAUAGAUGACUGUUUUUUAUUUUUUAUUUUUUUAGAAGCGCCAAGCUGAUCCCUGUCCGCCUGUUUAAAUAUUCUGUAAAUUCUCAAAUCGAGGUAAAGAACGCAGCAUAGUUGUCAUUAUUAUUAUUUGUUGUUGUUGUUGAUAUUACUUCGCUAUGAGCGACGUCUUUAUAGAAAAAGAAAUUUUGCUGUUUUUGAUUAAUACCUAUAAUAGCCCUUCGAGACUCUUCAUACAGGGAGGCGGAGAGAUUUGUCUCAAGAAGGUACUACGAAAGGCGAUCCGUUGGUGAUGCCGCGGUACUCAGUUACCAAAUCCUUGUUGAUCAACAGCUUAUGA